GUUCUAACAAGUCUGUCGGGAGACCAGUGUUAAGCAUCAAAUUUAACUCAUUUUAGUCUUAAUUGACAGGAGUCGAAACCGCAAACAAGUAGCUUGGCCUGACUUACACAGGAAAGAUGUCUAUUGCUCUAGCAAGCGCAAAGCACAUAUUUGGGCUUAAGUCCAAGGUAGCCAAUAACAUCUGCUACCAUGAUGAACAGACAAUUGUAUACCCGUCAGGGUCAAAUUGUAUUUUGUACAACAUUGACCAGAAAUCACAGAAAUUCAUCCCAGGCAGUGAUAAGGGAGAGGGGAUGACAGUAUUGGCUGUCAGUCCAAACAGAAGAUAUGUUGCAAUUGCUGAAAAGGGAGAAAAGCCGACCAUAACUAUCUAUGACUUGCAUUCUCAGAGAAAAAAGAAAGUGUUGACAUCUCAAGAUGUUCAGUCAACAGAGUAUGUCAGUUUGGCUUUCUCACCAGACUCAAAAUACCUGGUGGCACAAGGUGGCAAACCAGACUGGACUCUGCUUUACUGGACCUGGGAAAAAUCGAAAGUUCUAGCUAUGACCAAAACAUCCAACCCACAGAACAAUCCCCCCAUUUAUCAGGUAUCCUUUAACCCACAAGACAACACCCAGCUAUGUGUUGUUGGCAAUGGAAUUUUCAAACACUUCCGCUACAGUGAAGGAAACCUGAAGCCUUUCAACUUCCAGAAGAUAGACCCUCAGAACUACCUGUGUCAUGCAUGGGUGUCAGACGAGAGAGUUAUUGUGGGGACUGAUAGUGGGAGACUCUUUCUCUUUGAAUCUGGAGAACAAAAAUAUGAAUUUAGUCUUACAGACAAAAAGGAGGACAGGUCAAAGGAUGAUGAAUUGAGUGGCCCUCCACAGAUCACUGCUGUUGUAGCCUACUCCAAAGGUUUUGCCUGCGCUAAUGGACCAGGCUCUGUCCUGCUGUAUGAAAAAACAGAUGACCGUGAUUACUUCAAGCGAACUAGGGAAAUAAAGAUUCCAUCAGACACAAGCAGCGCGGAUCCCAGUCGUGCCACGCGCCAGAUCAUCACCUGUCUGACUGUAAGUCCAUCGGAGGAGACACUGGUUGCCAGCACAGAUCUUAACCAGCUCUACUACAUCGCCCUCUCUAGUGCUGACCUCAGCAAGGGAGACCUGGCCCACUUUGAGGUAUUAGCUCAGCCCUUCCAUCACGGCAAUGUCACAGGCCUGGAUGUCUGCAUGAGGAAACCACUUUUGGCCACAUGUUCUAUGGAUCGCUCCAUUCGCAUCUGGAAUUAUGAAAGCUGCAAUCUGGAUUUGUACAAAGAGUUUGCUGAGGAGGCCUAUAGCAUUGCUCUACACCCCUCUGGCCUGUACAUACUGGUGGGCUUCAGUGAUAAACUGCGGCUAAUGAACAUUCUCAUUGAUGAUAUCCGUACCUUCAAGGAGUUCACUGUCCGCGGCUGCAGGGAGUGUGCCUUCAGUAACGGUGGUCACAUGUUCGCUGCUGUGAAUGGUAACGUCAUUCACAUCUUCUCCACAACAACCUUUGAGAAUGUCAGUAACCUGAAGGGUCACAAUGGCAAAGUGCGCUCAGUCGUCUGGAGCACGGACGACAUGAAGCUGGUGUCUUGUGGCAUGGACGGGGCCGUCUAUGAAUGGGACACGGUCUCAUCCAAGAGAGUCGGGGAGAGUGUCCUCAAAUCCUGCAGUUAUACCUGUGUCACCGUCAGCCCAGAUGGCAAGACAACAUUCGCUGUGGGAUCUGAUCGCUCCUUGAAAGAGAUUGCAGAUUCUACGAUUCUGCGAGAGAUGUCUACCCAGGAGCAUAUGCUUACGUCUGUGGUGUUGUCCCACUCUGGUCGUAUGUUGUUCGGUGGUACAAACAUGGGGUCUCUCUGGUCUGUCCAAUACCCACUGACCAGCCCUGGGGCGUGGCAGGAUCACCAGGGUCAUGGAUUGGCCAUUACUAAGAUGAAGAUAACAUAUGAUGACCAGUACCUAAUAACUGUGGCCGAGGAUUCGUCAAUCAUCCUGUGGAAGAUUCAGGACAAAGAAGGACGUGGCCUGAAGAGGGACAAGGAGGUGGGCUGGGCUGAGGAGAUUCUCAUCACCAAGAGUGACCUGGAGGAGAAGAACUCCAUGAUGGCAGAACUGAAAACCAGAGUAGAGGAGUUAAAAAUGGAAAAUGAAUACCAACUGAGACUGAAGGACAUGAACUACAAUGAAAAGAUCAAAGAACUGACAGAAAAGUUUAUCCAGGAGAUGGAAUCCUUGAAAACCAAAAACCAGGUUUUAAAAACUGACAAAGAUAAGGAAGAAGCCAAACACGAGGAAGAAACAGCAGAACUAAUGGAAAAGCAGGCUAAGGAAUUACAAGAUCUGGAAUCCGCUAACAACCAGAAGCUGAUGCUGGAGUAUGAGAAAUUCCAGGAGCAGCAGGCUAAGAUGAUGAAGAUGCAGGAAGAUUAUGAGCGUCAGCUCCAAGAGAUGGAGGAAACCAAGGCACGCUCCGAAGAGGAGCUGACUGAAUAUUAUGAAAUUAAGCUACAGGAAAUGACAGCUAAGUUAGAACAGUCCAGUGAGGAAGCCAGGCAGCACAGUCGGGAGUAUGAAGAGACCAAACGUCAGAUUGAGGAGGAUGCUGACAGAGAAAUACUGGACAUCAAAAACAAAUAUGAGCGAAGACUGAGGGAUGAGAAAGAGGCUAACAUGAGACUGAAGGGCGAGACAGGCAUCAUGAAAAAGAAGUUCACCAGUCUGCAGAAAGAGAUUGAUGAUCACAAAGAGGAGAUUAAAAAGUACCAGGCUGAGACGCAGAAGCUGAACAAUAUCAUACGUAAUCUGGAGAAAGACAUUGCCGGCUUGAAAAAGGAAAUACAGGAGAGAGAUGAAACCAUUCAAGACAAGGAGAAGAGAAUCUACGAUUUGAAAAAGAAAAACCAGGAGUUGGAGAAGUUCAAGUUUGUGUUGGAUUACAAGAUCAAGGAAUUGAAGAAACAGAUUGAGCCAAGAGAAAACGAUAUCAAGAAUAUGAAAGAACAAAUUCAAGAGAUGGAGAGUGAGCUUGAGCGGUUCCACAAACAAAACACCCAGCUGGAGCUGAACAUCACUGAGCUGAGACAGAAGCUGAAGGCCACGGACAAGGAGAUGCACCAGGAGAGACAGCGGGUGCGUGAUGUGGAGGCAGUGGUGCGCAGGUUUAAGACAGAUCUGCACAACUGUGUGGGUUACAUCCAGGAUCCCAAAAUGUUGAAGGAGAGCAUUAAGGCACUUUACCAGAAGCAUGUGCAAGAAGAUAUUACGGAGUCAGCUAGUGUUGAUGCAGACAUCCAGAAGGAAUACAGCCGACAAAGAGAACACCUGGAGCGGUCUGUGGCCUCUCUCCGCAAGAAACUCACCAAGGACUCUGAGAUCCACAGAGCUGAUAAUGUCCGCAUUAUGCAGGAGAACGUAUCAUUGAUCAAGGAGAUCAAUGAUCUGCGACGAGAGCUUAAGAUGGCUCGCACACAGAUCCAUGACUUGGAGGCCGCUCUUGGCCUUCACAGGAAACAGAAGAACACGGAUCAAAACACCCUGGCUAUCAUAGCCGCCAAAACACCGGGGGCUCUGAUGGAACGUGACUUGGACGAGCGCAGGAAAAUCAUUGACCUCCAGAAAAUAGAAAUCCGCAGACUACGAAACCAGAUAGAGGAGUUUGGACUAAUGAGUCGGACGUCAUCGGGAAAUAUGAGGUUACCUCCCAUGGAACAGUCAGCGUAAAGUUCUGGGUGAUGUGCCUCCGCAGUCUUACUGGGUUUCCGCUCUGACUGCUAUCAGUUCGUAUAAUAUUUAUUGUGAAUGGUUGCAGUCUAUUUAACAAAAAGAACGAAGUCUACUUGUGCAUGCCUCAGUAUUAUUUUUGUAACCAGUAGUAGGCUUUAUUCACCUUCAUGUCUGUUUAGAGAUUGCUGCAUGCAAAUAACAACUAUGGACAAAAGGAUGUUUGUAUAAAGAUUGUACGUAUUCAAGCACCAAACUCUGUUGUUUGUUAUGGAUGUGUUAGACAAACUGUUUUCAGCAACUGUGAUAUUGUUUCCAUUUAUAUGGUAAUAAAGAAAAACUAUA